GUGUGCGAUCCUGCUUUAAUCCACACUUUGUUUACAUUCAUUUAUUACAAGUUUUUGAAAAUGUGAAGUUUUUUGGUUUUGGGUUAAAAAUGAAGGCGUGGAGUCGUGUAUAGAGCAUAAGCAUGGAGGUGCCAGUGAGGGUGGUGGCGCGGGUGAGACCUCACACAGUGCAAGAGCACAACCGAGGCAGCUGUGUUGAGGUCGCUCCGGCGUCCUCUCAGGUCAUAUUGGGGUAUGACCACUUCUGUGAUUUUGAUGCAGUUUUUGGCCCAGAUGUUAGUCAGAAGGAGCUCUACUCUGCAUCUUUGGCAGACUUGGUAGUGAACUUUUUUCAGGGGUAUAAUGUGACUGUCCUUAGUUAUGGCCAGCGUGGCUCUGGCAAGACCUACACCAUCACUGGGCCAGAUUUCUUAUGGGCCAUGAAUGAAGAGGAGUUUGGAUUAUUGCCACAAGCUGUGCGUCAUGUCUUCAGUCUCAUGAGGGAAUGUCGUGGGCGAGAAUAUCGGGUACACGUUAGUUAUAUGGUCGUACAGAGGGAUGCAGUAUAUGACUUGCUCUCUACCUCAAACACCCACAUGCAGCUCAAUGUCCUUGAAGAUAAUAUGGGUAAUGUAGUGAUCCCUGGCCUAAAUGUCGUUGACUGUAGUAAUAUAACUGAAGUCAUAAACUGCCUAGAAGCUGGCCUUGUACACCGCCACACUACAGCUAUCCAGAGCCACGAUCCCUCAAGCUCACAUGCAAUCUUCUCUCUUAUUUUGGAACAUCAGUGGAAUGAUCCAGAUGGAAAACUGAACUACCUAUAUUCUCGCAUGAAUUUUGUCGACUUGGGAGGCUCUGAACGGCUGAUGCAGUUUGGAUAUGGUGGUUUUAGUCUUCCCAGUCAAGAGUCAUUUUUUCCUAAUUCUGAUCUGAAAGCUCUAAGCAAUGUCAUCCAUUGCUUAGCAGACCAAUCUUAUGUGGGUCCAGUUCCUUACAAGGAGUCAAGACUUACUCAUAUAUUAAAGGAUGCUUUUGGGGGCAACAGCUUAAGUUUGAUGGUGUGUUGUGUGUCUCCAUCACCUGAAGAUUUUGAUGCCACUUUCAAUACCCUCAAAUAUGGAGGUUUGGCACGUUAUAUCCUUAAUUGUCCUGCAGUCAACAUGGCCAUUCAAAACAGUGCUCGGGAUUCUACCACCACAACAACCCCAUGUUCUGCCCAAACAAACUUAAGGCAUCAGUCAGGCAGUCGGCAGUCUACACUGACAGGUAUGCAGAGUAGUGUGCAGCAGUCGCUGGGGACGGUCCAACAGUCAACAGUGACAAACGACACUUCUCUUGUAGCCUUAGACGAUACAGGGUCACUUGAUACUGAGGACCUCUUCAAGUUUCAGUUUGCUGCGUCUCAAUGGCAACUUCUUGUUUCAAGUGCUGAGGAUCUUCUGUCUGAAAUUCUUCAGAGUCCUCAGGUGUCUCCCUCUGAGAAGACCCGCAUAGAGUCUUGGUUGUGCAUGAAGGCCGAAGCUGAAGAGUGCAUUGGGACAGACCUUGGACCACUACGCCUCAACACAGCUGCUAACAGAGUCUUAGAAGUUAUAGAGGAACUGAGUGAGCCAGAAGUGAAUGGGACUUCUACAUCAAUAUCUGGUAUGUCUCACUCUGAGAGUGAUUCAUCAUCAGUAUCAUCACUUGGGGAGGAGUUUUAUGAUCACUUGGUAGUUUUGAAGGGAAAGUUUCAAACACUUACUGAACAACUGGUGGAAUGUGUUCAAGAAAGUCAUGAUGUACAUUCCCAAGUUGGAGAGAAUGCCAAGAGAAAACAGUCAAAGUCGGCAACGAGAGGGGAUGAAAUUGAAUCAAAGAAUACGUCGCAAAAAUCCUCGAGAUUUUCUGAUAAAACUUCCAAUGCGCUCAGGUUAUGUAAAGGGCUUCAAAGUGCACCAUGGAAAACAAAGCACAAUGUUAGUAGUUCACAUGGAAAAAGUGUGUCUGUCUGUUCUUCUGCAUCAACACCUCGUCUUAAGGAGUUGGGCUCGUCUGUGAUAAUAGAAGUUAAGCCAUCUGUGUAUUCUGAAGAUCAUGAUGCUAGCAUAUCAGACGAAUCAGAUAUUUCUGCCAAAGAAGUGGAGAACGAUGACCAGAAUCCCAGAAAUAAGUCUUCUCCACCGCUUACUUCUAAUUUAUCCCAGUUAGAUGAAUCUCCAGUGAAGUCUAAACCUGAUAAGGAUACAGAGGAUGAAGCGAGUUGUGCAUCUGUAGUGGAAGAAGUGAAGAGAUUAUCAGCAUCUCAAGAAUCUCGACGAGGCCAAGUGAGAAGAGUUAGUGUAGAGUUAAGAGCAGCUCAGCAACGACUCAAGCAACUCAAUGCCACCAUCAGAUUGAAGGAGGCUUUCAUCCGUGAAUUAGUGCGUAGUGGUGGGGAGGCUGAAGUCACAAAAAGAAAAUGUGAGUCUAAGAUUGGACAGCUGGAAAAGGAAGUUCACCGAGCUCGCCAGUUAUAUCAAGAUGCACAGAAUCAGCUCAAGGAGCUUCGAGAGGGAGACUCCCCAGACAAAGGUCAGUUUCGCAGCCGCGUCGAUUCACUUAAAAAGCAGAUAGCGCAUUAUCAGAAAAAGCUGGCAACCUUGGAAAAAGUGGCAGACAUAUCUCAACAGGGAGAUACCAAGGUGGCAGAAUUGGAGAGUAGUGUUAGGGAAAUGCGACGGCAGCAGGAGGAACUUCAGACAUGUCUUAGAGAAGAGACACAACGAAAGGAAGAAUUAGAGCAGCAGAUUAUCAUAGACCAACGGCGUAUUAGGGAUUUUCAGAUUCAUAUGAAGCAGGGAGAAGAUGACUCUGAAAGUGAGCGUGGCUGGCUGGCACAAGAAGAAGAUAGAAUUUUACGUUUAAGAGAAGCAACUCAACAACUACAGAAUGAAGUAGAACGCAGGGAAGAAGCUGUUAAACAGAGAGAACGUAUGCAGAAAGAAAAGCUACGUCUGCAGUCUUCAAGGCCAAGUCGCCAAGAUAACCUUAUGGAAAGGCUAAUGAAUUUGUGCCCAGAGGAAACUCGAUCCCUUCUAGUCAAGUAUUUCAAUAAGGUGAUAGAUCUUCGCAUUGAAUUUCGGAAGCAAGAAAUUUCAUUUUCAGAUCUGGAGAACCAAUAUGAGGAGAAGUUACGAUAUAUAAGCGACCUGAAGGCAGCCUAUCAACAGGCUAGUUUGGAGAUGGAGAGACGUAUCACUUCACAGCAGCGCGAUUACCAACAAAAAAUAUCCACAUUGUUACGGCAAUUCAAUGACGAUUCUUCAGGAUCUGGUGCUCACGAGUUCCAUUUGCGCGAGAUGGAAAAGCAACUCUUUUAUUAUAAAAAACUGAGCCGAGAUUUAAAGGCCAAGCUUCGGCAGUACAGUGAAGAUUCUCGGAAUGAUAGAUUCAGGGAAAUGCAACCAGGUACGUCAUCACAGCCCAUUGUUACUGCAUCAGGCCAUCCCGAAGCGGGCCCUUCGUCUUCUCGCCGCCACCCACUCGUAUCACAUUACCCUCCACCUCCGAUAUUACCAAGACGAACCCGGAUGCAAGCAGCAGAACAAGCUGCUAAACACCCGGUCCCUCACACUAAAGUUACUCGAGAGAAAAAUAAAAUCAUUAUACAGCAAAAGUCGGAUAGACAAGUAAAGUCUAAAUCUAGUUUAGAAUCCAGAUAAAGCAAAGUCACUUAGUUAUGAACUGACAUAUUAUGACAUAACCAAAGGUGUUUGUUAUAAUUUGAUUUAUGGAAGCGCUUUUAAAUGCAAACCAAAAAAUAGCCAAAGAUAGUUAUUCAGAAGUCAGUUAGCAGCUAUAUAACCCAUAAUGGUCUAGCAUUUUAAUUUUGUAUUUACUUGGGCAUAGCACAUGCAAGGCUGUACAGAACUUUCAAAAAUCAAUUGAUGGAUAAAGUGGAUAUUUAUAAAAGUACAAUAUUAAUAUUGUAUGUUAAAAAAAGAAACCUACAGCUAUGUUCUUGCCUUUGGUGUCAAUUGAAAAUUGUUACACAUUUGCUGAAAAUUUGAAUUACUGAGGCAAUACAUUUUUAUAUUUCAAUAAAUUUCAUUGUUACAUCACAGUAAUGGAAAAAUGUUUGUCCAUUUCAAUAGUUUAGGCAUAUACGCAGCAAAAAAUCAACAGAUAUGUGUACAUAUAUCUUGCCUUUGCCUAGUAAUUGUUUAUGCAAAAUUGUAUCGUGUUUAUAGAUAUAUUGCAAAUUCCAUUAUUGUUACAUAUUGUUCACAUAUCAUUUUGGCAGCCAAUUCCACAGGCACUGACCUAUAUAUUUUCCUUUAAAGACCAAUACCCUUCAUAGAGUAGUUAUUUUUUCUUGCUACGUUACCCUCAAGAAGCGGACGCUCAUGAUAUAAACUUAGUAUGUACAGUUACGUAAUAUGUAAAGUGAUAAGGGCUUGUAAAUGUGUGUGUAGAAUCCAAUCAUGUUUGGACACCUAAUUGAUUGUAUAUGACCUGCUUAUCUAGUGAUCAUAAACAAUAAUAAUUGCCAUGCAAUUUGAACAUUGACCGA